AUGCUCAAGGUUAGAGUCUACGGAAACCGCGAUAAUUUGAAAAUCCUUGCCCAAUGCCCGCAAGGCACUGUCGAACUAGCCGUCCACAGGAAGUUCAGGACAUUGUCCCACGUGAACCUGAAGAACAAGAUUAGGUACGAAGAACAGGUAGAAGAGCUAAGCAGACAGGCGUAUUUAAAAAUGGUCCAGAAGUACCGCGAGGAACAAGAGAGAAAGCGAUUGAAAGAACAAGAGGAAGAAGAACGAGUCCGAUUGGCGAAUCGCCGUAAGAAGUGCAUGCUGGAGAGUGCUUAUGAAGGCAAAGUGUUUCAGAUGAGAGCAAUAUUACAGCAACUUAUUGAUGAAGAUGAAAACAGUGGAAUUGGUGACGAUGACAUUGGCCGUGCGACGAAAUUACGUCACAUUAAGGAAUUAAUUGAGUGUGAAGAUGCGAAUCGGAAUUCAGCUCUUUCAGAAGCAUGCAUUGGUGGUUCUCCAGAGGCCGUGAAAUUUUUGAUCGAUCACGGAGCCAAUGUGAAUUCUAGAGGUCAGUUUGGCAGAACACCACUUUAUCGAGCCGUCUUUGGAGGACACUUGGACGUAGCACAAGUUGGUUUCCUAACGGUACUGACAAAAUCCAUUCUAAAGAUAUUGUUACAACACGGUGCUGACCCAAGGUUGUACGCGGAUGAUGGACAAAGACCCAUUGAGAUUGCUAGCGACGUAGCGAUCCAUGAUCUACUGGAAAACUGGGACAUAUCCGAAACGGACAUGCUUUUGCGACAGAUAAAUCUCUACCACAAACAAGAAGAAGCUCAGUUAUCUCGAGGGACGCAAGCUAUGCUAACUAGACUAAAAAGGAACGUGCAGCAGUGUGAGAAAAGCUAUCAAAUUGUACAGCAAAAGGUAUGUAAAGCAUAUGAAGUGCUGAACCAACGGAUUCUGGAGUACGAAACGGCCAAAGUCAACGGAUAUGAAAAUCUUAGCUUGUUGGAGCAGAUUAUCCAUGAUGCCGAGCUCCAUGUUGAGUCGACCAAAGUCGAACUGGGCAAAGCACGAGAAAAACUUCAACAGGCAAGGUUGGAUCUGAGAGAUGAACAACGUAAAGGUGUCCAAGAAGUUGAUUUAAUCCCUCCGGACUUUCCGGUCGGACUUCGUCCUGUAGGUGCCAAAAACCGAGAAGCGCCGUACAGCUAA